CUCCCCUUCUCCGCCGCGCGCCCAGCUCCCGCCCCGUGGCCGCGGCGUCCGAUUCGGCCGCCGGGUGGGGUCUGGUCCGGCCGCCGUGGUGUCUGGUCUGGUCUGCCGUGGUCUGGUCCUGAGCGAGCGCGCGCGAGCAAUGGCGAUUCGAGGGGGCGAGUGGUCGCGGUUCUCGGUCAGCGGCGAGCUGUGCCUCCGCGAGCCGCGCUACUUCUGCUUCCUCCUGAGCUGAAUGAGCUCGGGCCGGCUGCCUUCCUCGGUUUCUCCGUGCUCGGUGGAAUCGGGUCUGGGGCGGUGAGCCGUGCCGCCGGGUUGGUUGGCGCUUCUCUCCUGUUCACCGGGGAGGAUUUGGAUCGGUGAGCGGGCUUGGAGGUUCGUUGGAGUGGCUGGGAUUUGGGCGCGCCGAGGUGAGUCGGCAAUGGCGAGGGUUUGCCUGGGCGGCUCGGGCUUCGGUUAGGGCCUGCUUCAAGCUGAGGCGGCUGCUGCUUCGUGGCGAAGGGGCAAUAACAGGUUGGACGAAGCAGCGGCGGAGGAUGGAGGAGCUUCUCUGGGCGCAGAGGGAGAGGUCGGGCGUUGCUGCUGGGAGCGCGGCGCAGCUCUGAGCAGCCAGCUGCUUCGUGUCCCCGCCGCAUCACGGCGAAGUUGGGUGUUCUUGGCGUCGGUCGCAUCCCUGGAUGGAGAGAAAGCUCUCCAUGUCCGAGAUGCCGCAGUCCCUCCCGGAAAACGAUGGGGAACAAAGGUGUCUGAACUCGGAGCUAUGGCAUGCAUGCGCUGGGCCCCUUGUGUCUCUGCCCGCGGUUGGAAGCCGGGUCAUCUAUUUCCCACAGGGCCAUAGCGAGCAGGUUGCCGCAUCAACUAAUAAGGAGGUUGAUGCUCAAAUCCCUAAUUAUCCAAAUCUCCCCCCUCAGUUGAUCUGCCAGCUUCAUAAUGUCACCAUGCAUGCCGAUGCAGAGACUGAUGAAGUUUAUGCCCAAAUGACACUGCAGCCGCUGAGCCCGGAAGAGCAAAAGGAGCCUUUUCUUCCAAUCGAGUUGGGUGCUGCUAGCAAGCAGCCGACUAAUUACUUCUGCAAGACUUUGACUGCAAGUGAUACAAGUACACAUGGCGGAUUUUCUGUUCCUCGCCGGUCUGCUGAGAAAGUCUUCCCUCCAUUGGAUUUUUCUCUGCAGCCUCCAUGCCAGGAGCUCAUUGCAAAAGAUCUGCAUGAUAAUGAAUGGAAAUUUCGCCACAUAUUCCGUGGUCAGCCAAAAAGGCAUCUCCUGACUACAGGUUGGAGUGUCUUUGUAAGUGCAAAGCGACUAGUAGCAGGGGAUUCUGUUAUUUUCAUCUGGAAUGAUAAUAACCAACUUCUCUUGGGGAUUCGUCAUGCAAAUCGUCCUCAGACAAUUAUGCCGUCUUCUGUGCUGUCAAGCGACAGCAUGCAUAUAGGCCUUCUUGCAGCAGCAGCUCAUGCUGCGGCCACAAACAGUCGUUUCACUAUUUUCUAUAACCCCCGGGCUAGCCCUUCUGAGUUCAUCAUUCCAUUGGCUAAGUAUGUCAAAUCUGUUUACCACACACGUGUGUCUGUUGGAAUGCGGUUUAGAAUGCUUUUUGAGACAGAGGAGUCAAGUGUCAGACGAUACAUGGGUACAAUCACAACCAUAAGUGAUCUUGACUCUGUGCGUUGGCCAAAUUCACAUUGGCGUUCUGUGAAGGUUGGUUGGGACGAGUCCACCGCUGGUGAGAAACAACCUAGAGUGUCACUCUGGGAGAUUGAGCCAUUAACAACCUUUCCGAUGUAUCCAACUGCUUUUCCUUUAAGACUGAAGCGUCCAUGGGCUUCAGGGCUGCCCUCUAUGCAUGGCAUGUUCAAUGGUAGGCUGAUCAAUGUGACAAGAAUAGCAGUAUACGUGGUUCUGCUUUUAUACAAUUCAACCAAGUGUCCUUUUAAUCAAGUUCUGUUCUGUAUCAUAUGCGCAGGUGUCAAGAAUGAUGAUUUUGCUCGUUAUUCUUCUCUCAUGUGGCUCGGAGAUGGGGAUAGAGGGGCUCAGUCGUUGAACUUCCAGGGAGUUGGAGCGUCACCUUGGCUUCAGCCAAGAAUGGAUUCUCCAUUGCUGGGUCUUAAGCCAGACACAUACCAGCAAAUGGCUGCAGCAGCACUGGAGGAAAUUAGAACUGGGGAUCCUUCGAAACAGUCCUCGGCUCUCUUGCAAUUCCAACAGACUCAGAAUCCGAACGGUGGGUUGAAUUCUGUGUAUGCCAAUCAUGUUCUGCAGCAGAUGCAGUAUCAGGCUCAGCAGUCGUCUCUGCAAACUGUUCAGCACGGCCAUAGUCAGUACAGUGGUAAUCCUGGGUUUCUUCAAAGUCAGUUUCAGCAGCUGCAUUUGCAUAAUCCUCCGGCACCACCACAGCAAGGGCAUCAGGUUAUACAGCAAUCUCACCAGGAGAUGCAACAGCAGCUUUCAUCUGGUUGUCAUCGUAUUUCCGAUAUAGAUUCUAGCAUGCCUGGUUCUGAGUCUGCUUCGCAGUCACAAUCUUCAUUCUACCAGCAGAACCUCUUAGAAGGAAACAAUGACCCAUCGUUGCAUCUUCACAAUGGUUUUCGUAACUUCUCUAGCCAAGAUUCCUCAAACCUUGUUAGUUUGCCUCGAACUGACCAAUUAAUGGCGCCGGAGGGAUGGCCUUCAAAGAGGUUGGCUGUGGAACCCCUUGGUCAUAUUGAAUCUCGGUCUGUGCAACCCAAACAUGAGAACGUAAAUCACCAGAGUAAUAUGUCCCACUUUGCUGGAACCUUGGCGCCGCAGUCAGCAAGAGACUCAUCCAGUGUCCAGGCUUAUGGUGCAAAUGUUGACAACCAAUUUCUGUCAUCGUCAUUUGCAUUCCAGGACGGAAUGGCAGGUGCAAGGGGUGGCAGCAGCAGCGGAACUGUUUCUAUGGCCAUACCUUUGUUGAGGUAUAGUGGCGAAGAUUUGCCACCCGCAGACACCUUAGCAACUUCCAGUUGUUUAGGCGAAUCGGGAACCUUCAACUCUCUUGAUAAUAUGUGUGGUGUAAACCCAUCACAAGAUGGAACCUUUGUGAAGGUUUACAAAUCAGGGUCCCCUGGAAGAUCGCUCGACAUCACCAGAUUCAGCAGCUACUAUGAGUUACGUAGUGAGCUGGAGCAUCUAUUUGGCCUCGAAGGCCAACUGGAGGACCCCGUAAGAUCAGGCUGGCAGCUUGUAUUCGUCGACCGAGAAAAUGAUAUUCUUCUCGUCGGCGACGACCCAUGGCAGGAGUUUGUGAAUAGCGUAGGGUGCAUCAAGAUACUCUCGCAGCAGGAGGUGCAGCAGAUGGUCCGCGGCGGCGAGGGCCUUCUGUCCUCUGCACCUGGAGCGAGGAUGGCGCAGGGCAAUGUCUGCGACGGUUAUUCUGGGGGCCACGACCUGCAGAAUCUCACCGGCAACAUGGCCUCCGUACCGCCACUGGACUACUGAAACAGAGAAGACCGGAGUCCAGAACUAAACCCAGCACUCCAAGGACCGCAGCAUCACGGUAUCGCGACGUGUUCGGUUCACCAACCCUAGCUAGUCCUCUCCUCGCCAUGAACUCUAGUCAAUAAUAUAGUUAGACGAUCUACCGACAUCAUUCCGAUCAUGGAUAUGUUGUAUGAUCGCUGCUUCGGCUCUAUGAUAGCCUAGUCUCGGAAUGGCAGACAAGAACCGCUCUUAUGAAUGGAGGCAGUAUGGUACCGUGGAAGUGACCACCUUAUAUUAUGUAGCAAUAUGUAUGACCUGAAACCGAGUAUUCCGACUGGAGACCUAAAACUGAUCAUUCCGGCUGGAGCCUCGACUUUUCGCCGUGAACUAAGUGUGGUUGAUCCGCUGUAUUGGGAGUCAAAGAUUAUGUUCUGUUUGUGA